CCAUAACUCUCACACACAAUUCAGAGUCCGAGCCGAGCCAUAGCACGGCUGAUACCGAUAGACGACAGGACUCCUCACAUAUCGAAUGAUGGCAGACAAUCGUGACAAGGAUGGUCAGCAGCCGGACGAUGACCUCAGCAUUCCCAGAGCGGCUCUCAAUAAAAUGAUAAAGGAACUUUUACCAAAUAUACGUGUGGCAAAUGAUGCCAGAGAACUGAUCCUCAACUGCUGUACCGAAUUCAUUCACCUCGUGUCCUCGGAAGCAAAUGACGUUUGUGUCAAACAGAACAAGAAAACAAUUUCUCCAGAUCAUGUAGUUGCAGCUCUGGACAGUCUGGGUUUCGGUGAGUAUAAGAGCGAGGCCAAGGCGGUGUUGAAAGAAGCGAAAGCCGUGGCGGCGAAGAAACGUCGUGGGAGCUCACGACUGGAGAACUUGGGUAUCCCAGAGGAGGAGCUGCUCAAACAACAACAGGCUUUGUUUGAAAAGGCGCGACAGGAACAAGCCUUGCUGGAACAACAGCAGUGGCUGCAGAUGCAGCAGGCUUUACAACAGCAACAGCUACAGCAGCAGCAGCAGUUACAACAAGAGCAGGACGAAAACGACGACUACUCCUAGCACACGGCACUGGUGUAUGAGGGGCAUCGGGUGGGGGUGGGGGGGAGAGGGGAGCUGCGUAGUUUGUGCUAGUGUGACUGAGAGCGUGAUGAAUCCAGAUGAUGGGGGAUUGGUCAUCGUGUGUGUCGUCAAGUGGCCACUUGUGUGUGUGUGUAUUAUUAUUUACUGAUUGGUCAUCUGAUGUGUCAAGUGGUUACUUGUCAUCUCACUUCAUGUGUGUGUACAUUGAGUGAUUGGUCGUGUGUCAAGUGGUCACUUGUGUGUAUAUUGAGUGAUUGGUCAUCUUGUGUGUAUAUUGAGUGAUUGGUCAUCUUGUGUGUGUAUUGGGUGACUGGUCAUCUUGUGUGUGUAUUGAGUGAUUGGUCAUUUGUGUGUGUAUUGAGUGAUUGGUCAUCUUGUGUGUAUAUUGAGUGACUGGUCAUCUUGUGUGUGUAUGGGGUGAUUGGUCAUCUCAUGUGUCAAGUGGUCACUUAUGAAUGAAUUGAGUGAUCGGUUAUCUUGUGUUUCAAGUGGUCACUUGUGUGUGUAUUGAGUGAUUGGUCAUCUCAUGUAAGUGGUCACUUGUACAGACUAUGUGUAUUGAGCAAUUGGUCAUCUGAUGUGUCAAGUGGUUACUUGUAUUGUGUUUCACCGACUUGUCAUUUAGUGAUUGGUCGUCUUAUGUGUCUGGUGGUGGCAUGUAUGAGUAUUGAGUGAUUGGUUGUCUUGUGUGUCAAGUGGUCAUUUGCGAAUGAAUUGAGUGACCAUGUGUUUGUGUUUAUGCUGUACAAAGGAAGCUUUAAACUAACUGUUCUGUGCGGAGCUCUGAGAAUAAAAUGGAAAGACAAAGGAA